CUGUCUCAGCAGUCAGCCGCAGGCACCGACCUCCUCUUUAAUGCUAACUGAUUCAGCACCUACUUAUGGGACAAGAAAAACAUACUAAAGACAAUCUAUCUAGUUUCUCUCGUGAUUCCUCUGUCCCCGUAUCCAGCUAGCGCCACGUUUAUGUAAGAGGAAACAAUUGAUUAUAGCCUUUCACAAAAACAGUAAUCAUUGAAAGAACUUUGCUGCAACUUGUCUUGCCGAAACUAUGGCCACGGAUGUGGCUCGAAAUCUAGAUUCGACGUUGUGUGUACGAAACCGAUCCCUUCAAAAAGUUAAUGCCAAACCUUUUAUAAUGGGUCCACACUGAGAAAAGCUAUUGCAGCUACAAGCAUUCAAUAGCUUCCCCCACGCACUUGCUAAUUUAUAAGAGUUCACACAAACCUUUUAGCUUUCAGUGUUUACCCCUCUUGUUUUGGUGAAAUGGAAGAUAAGGAGUGGGUUCUGGUGCAGCGUUCUACGGAGAAGGAUUGGUGGAAUCCGAGUUUGAUGGAGGAUAACAAUGGAGAAAGUUCUAAGCCAUUGAAGGUUACCUUUAGUGGGCCAGCUAAGCAUUGGACGGACGCAAUUCCGAUUGGCAAUGGCAGGCUUGGUGCCAUGAUUUGGGGUGGUGUUGCAUUAGAAACUCUCCAACUUAAUGAGGAUACACUCUGGACUGGAAUCCCAGGAGACUAUACUAACCCUAAUGCUCCAGCAGCCCUGUUAGAGGUCAGAAAACUUGUUGAUAAUGGCCAGUAUGCUGAAGCUACAACUGCAGCAGAAAAACUUUCAGGAAAUCAAUCUGAUGUUUACCAACUACUUGGCGAUAUCAAGCUGGAAUUUGAUGAUUCACAUCUCAAAUAUGAUGAGAAAACAUAUAAGAGGGAGCUGGAUUUGGACACAGCAACAGCAAGAGUAAAAUAUUCUGUGGCUGAUAUCGAAUAUACGAGGGAACACUUCGCUUCUAAUCCUAAUCAAGUGAUUGUGACAAAGAUUUCUGGGAGCAAACCAGGGUCUGUAUCAUUUACAGUGUCUCUGGAUAGUAAGAUGAGUCAUCAUUCAUAUGUAAAAGGUGAGAAUCAGAUUAUAAUAGAAGGAAGUUGUCCUGGUAACAGGUAUGCACAAAAGCUGAAUGAAAAUGACAGUCCACAGGGAAUUCAGUUUACUGCAAUUCUCGAUUUACAAGUUAGUGAGGCCAGAGGACUGGUUCGUGUUUCAGAAGAUUCGAAAUUGAGGGUUGAAGGUUCAGACUGGGCUGUUUUACUUUUAGUGUCCUCGUCUUCAUUUGACGGGCCAUUUACUACGCCUAUCGAUUCCAAGAAGAACCCUACUUCAGACUCCCUGAGUGUAUUAAAGUCAAUAGGCAAUUUGUCGUACUUUGAUCUAUAUGCACAUCAUUUGGAUGAUUAUCAGAGUCUUUUUCAUCGUGUUUCACUCCAGCUUUCAAAAAGCUCCAAGAAUGUUUCAGGAAAUGCAUCUUUGACUAGAAAGGAACAUAUGCCCUUUAAGAGUGAUAUAUCUUUGAAGGGAAGUGAAGAUGAUACAGUUUCGACUGCAGAGAGGGUGAAAGCCUUUCAAACUAAUGAAGAUCCAUCCUUGGUGGAGCUUCUAUUCCAAUAUGGUCGAUAUUUGCUUAUUUCUUGUUCAAGGCCUGGAACCCAAGUGGCAAAUCUGCAGGGUAUAUGGAACAAGGAUCUUACACCACCAUGGGAUGGUGCUCAACACUUGAAUAUAAACCUACAAAUGAACUACUGGCCUUCUCUUUCUUGUAAUCUAAAAGAGUGUCAAGAACCCUUGUUUGAGUACAUCUCCUCUCUGUCAAUCAGCGGGAGCAAGACUGCGAAAGUGAACUACGAAGCAAAAGGUUGGGUUGCACAUCAAGUUUCUGACCUGUGGGCGAAAACAUCACCAGAUGCAGGUCAAGCUUUAUGGGCUUUGUGGCCAAUGGGUGGCGCCUGGCUUUGUACACACUUGUGGGAGCAUUAUACUUACACGAUGGACAAAGAUUUUCUAAGAGAUGAGGCAUACCCUUUAUUGGAAGGAUGUACAUCAUUUCUGUUGGAUUGGUUGAUUGAAGGGCCUGGAGGAUAUCUGGAAACCAACCCGUCAACUUCUCCAGAACAUAUGUUUAUUGCUCCAGAUGGUAAACCUGCAAGUGUCAGCUACUCAUCAACUAUGGACAUGUCAAUCAUAAAAGAAGUAUUUUCUGCAAUUGUUUCUGCAGCUAAGAUUCUGGGAAGAAAUGAGGAUGAACUGGUUCAAAAAGUUCUUGAAGCUCUUCCUAGGCUUUUACCAACAAAAAUUGCUAGAGACGGUUCCAUUAUGGAGUGGGCACAGGAUUUUCAGGACCCAGAGGUUCACCAUCGACAUGUAUCACACCUCUUUGGCCUUUUUCCAGGGCAUACAAUAACUGUAGAGAAAACUCCAGAUCUAUGUAAAGCUGCAGGCAAUACCCUUUACAAAAGAGGAGAGGAUGGUCCAGGAUGGUCAACCAUGUGGAAAGCUGCACUGUGGGCACGCCUUCACAACAGUGAGCAUGCGUAUAGGAUGGUCAAGCAUUUGUUUGUCCUGGUGGACCCUGAAAAUGAAGGCAAUUAUGAAGGAGGAUUAUAUAGUAACUUGUUCACUGCACACCCACCUUUCCAGAUUGACGCCAACUUUGGUUUUCCAGCAGCGAUUGCAGAAAUGCUAGUCCAGAGCACUGCGGAAGACCUGUUCUUGCUCCCUGCCCUUCCUCGGGAUAAGUGGGCUAAUGGCUGCGUUAGAGGACUGAAAGCACGUGGCAAACUGACAGUCAAUAUAUGCUGGAAAGAAGGGGAUCUUCGUGAAGUUGGGCUUUGGUCGAACGAACAGAAUUCUCUUAAACGAUUACAUUAUAGAGGAACGACAGUGAAAGCAAAUUUAUCACCUGGUAGAGUUUACACAUUCAAUAGAACGUUGAAAUGCAUUAAGAAACAACCUCUCCCAUCAGCAGUUUCCUGUUGAAUGUUGAGAUUUAAGCAAUUCUUUGAAAGAAAAAACAUUGAACUUUCGUGAAUAAAUUUGCCAAGGAACUACAGAUUCUUUCCAUGCUA